AUGCCCUCGGUCUCAGCUUACUUCUCAGCGGCCAGGCUGGCAAACCUAUCCAGCUCUCGUAGCUGCCACGUCAGCAGCCAGCGCCUCUCGCUCCCGUCCCUCGCCUGCUCCAGCACCUCCGCGUCUCGCGCCGCAUCCGGCGGCGCGGUGCGCGUGAGCGCGGUGAAGAAGCAGGAGGAGCUGGCGGAGAUCCGCGGGAUGGGGACGGCGGAGAUCGAGCAGGCGGUGGUGGACCUCAAGGGCGAGCUCUUCCUGCUGCGCGCCAAGCAGGCCACGCGCCUCGAGUUCAAGCCCAGCGAGUUCGGCCGCAUCCACAAGCGGGCUCAUGCGUGCAGGCUCAUGGGUGCAGGCUCAUGGGUGCAGGCUCAUGGGUGCAGGCUCAUGGGUGCAGGCUCAUGGGCGCAGGCUCAUUACUAG